AUGACUUUUCAUUGUAAAAAAGAUAAAGGAUAUAUUGAAGAAUAUCAACGAUGCUUAAAUGAAACUCUUAAGAACAUUCAAGUUUUCUCUGAUUCACUUCAACCAAUUAUUAUAAAAACGUCAAGUAUCUCUGAUCAAUUUAACGCACUUAGAAAAGAAUUAAAAGAAGAUAAAAAAGAUUAUAAUCAUCAAUUAGGAAUAUUGUAUAUAUAUCAUAUUAAAUUUAACAUAGAAGGUUUUAAAAUAAUAAAACAAAUCUCUGAAGCAAGUUUUAAUUUAUUUAAAAAUGGAGGGACAAUAUGGGGUAAUAUAAAUAUUAAUAAACUUGUGCGAUGCAGUGAAAGAGAAAUUGUUCAAUAUAAUAUGAUCAAAGACAAACAGUUUAUUGAAUAUUAUGGAAAUUCAUUAGAUAUAAUUCUUCAACAAGAAAAAAGAACAAGUAAACAAUUACCAGAAAUGAUAGAAGUAAUGAUACUUCUUAUUCUUGAAACUGGAAUGGAUUUUAAAGGAAUCUUUAGAUUCUCUCCUUAUGCUAAUUUAAAAGAAAUAGAAGAAGGGACAAGAAGGAUAUCAGUAACUGAUAUAUCUGAAUAUAGUGUUGAUAUUAUUGCUUGUUUAUUAAAAUGUUUUCUUCAAAAAAUGCCAACACAUAUUAUUGACACUAUGAAAUCAUUAGAAAUGAUUUCUAUUUUUUUAAAGAAUAAAACAGAAUCAAUUGAAUUGAAAAGAAAAUUAUAUAAGAAAAUAAUAUUUAGUCUACCUGAUGCAAAUAUUACUUUAUUAAUGAAUUUGUGUUACUUGUGUAACGAAAUUAAUAAAAAGAAAGAGUUAAAUGGUAUGAGUUCAAAAAAUUUAGGUGUUGUUCUUGCUCCAAGUAUUUUAACAUUACCUGAUCCAGAAUUUCUUGCAAAUUCAAAUAUUGAUCCAAAUACUGGAAAAGAAGUUGGAUAUGGAAUUGAUAUUUUAACUUUUCUUAUUGAUGAAUAUCCAAUGAUAUUUAAAGAGGAAUUAGAAAAACAUGAAAGGGAAUUAGUUACUCUUGGUAGUAUUCAAAUACAAAGAAGCCAAAGUCCUAGUUUAUCUUUUAAGAAUAAAAAAAUUUAUGAAAAGAAAAUAAGUGACAAAGCAAUCCCGAGUAUUAAACAUUCAGAAAUUAAAGAAAUUCAUGAUAAUCAGAAUGAAAAGGUAGAUGAAAGUAGUGAUGAAUUACCAGUUGUUACAACAGCCACAUCAAUUAACUUUGGGAAGUCUCAAAGAAAUAAUAUUAUUACAAGGAUGGAUAAUCCAGAUGAAAUUAAAUUUGGUAAAUUUACUCCUGGUUUAGAUUCAUCAUCUCAACAUAUUUCUUCAAAAGAAAAAAGAGUUAUUUUAAGAAGUGAUCGUGCACAUGAAUGUAUUAAAGUAUUAGACCAAAUGAAACAAGAGAAUAUAUUUAAUAAUAAUGCUUUUGAACAAUCUGAUGAAGAUGGAGAAAAAGGUAAUGUCAUGAAACUUAGAAGUUCAUUUACAGAAAAAAGAUCAAAAUCUUUUAAUCCAAUGACAAAUAAAUUAGGUUUAAGUGAAGUUUCAUUAAAAACAAACCAAAACUCUAAUGAAAACGAUACUAAAUUAGAAGAUAAAUCAGAGCAAAUUUAUAGCAAUAACAUAUCAGAAGUUUAA